GUAGACACCGGGCUGUCUGAUAUGCUGAGGGGGAGCAGUGAUGACGGACGUCUCCUGAAGUCCACUGUCAUCUCUACAGUCUUGUGCGUGUUCAGCUCCAGGUUGUGCUGACUGCACCAGAGUACCAGCCGCUCCACUUCCUGCCGAGGCCCCAGCAGGAAUCAUCUGGUCUGGAUCAGCAUAGAAAUGGAUGGAUCUGCUUCUGAAAUGCGCCCCUCUGUGGGAUGUAACAGAAAGAGCCCUGAGAGUGUCCUGAUGGAGAGAGCAGACUCCCCUGUACCCAGCUGUGUUUCCAUGAAGAGUGACAGGUCAAUGGAGCCCCCACUCGCCUUCAGAGAGGGACCUUUUCCUACAGAUCAAAGAGACCAAAUGGAAGAUUGCAGUUCAGAUCUACAUGAUAAAUCGGGUUUAUCAUCCAUAUUGAAGUCACUAGAGGAAAAAGCCAUUAAGUUCCUAAAGGAGGAACUGAAGACAUUUGUGAGGUACCUAGAUCAGAAUUACCCAGAAUGCUCUGAGCCUCAGCUGGAGGAGGACAAUGACCUGGACAGUGAUGGUCAGAUGCAGAAGACCAGUGUUAGAGAGGUAGCUCUGAAGAUAACACUGUACAUCCUGAGGACCAUGAAGCAAGAUGAUCUUGCUGACCUGCUGGACAAGAGACAGCUCAUGCUGCAACAUCAGCAGGAAAUCAAAUGUAAACUUAAGAAGCAAUUUGAGUGUGUAUUUGAAGGGAAAGCUAAGGAAGGACAGCCAACACUUCUCAGUGAGAUUUACACAGAACUCUACAUAACUGAAGGCGGAACUGGAGCAGUCAAUGAUGAACAUGAAGUGAGACAGAUUGAAACAGCAUCCAAGAAAAGGCGAACAGAAGAUACUACAGUCAAGUGCAAUGAUAUAUUUAAACCCUUAUGUGGGCGUGAGACACCUAUCAGAACUGUACUCACUAAAGGGGUGGCAGGUAUCGGGAAAACAGUCUCUGUGCAGAAAUUUAUUCUCGACUGGGCAGAAGGAAAAGCAAACCAGGAUGUUCACUUCAUAUUUGCUCUUCCUUUCCGGGACCUGAAUUUGAUUAAGGGUGAAUACAGUCUGAUUGAACUGCUUCACCACUUUGUCCCAGAACUGAAAUCAUUUCAAUCCACUGACCUGUUUAGCUCCAAAGUCUUGUUCAUCUUUGAUGGUCUGGAUGAGUGUCGCCUUCCUCUAGAUUUUCAGAACAAUGAGAGCUGGUUUGAUGUAACAGAGAAAACGUCCCUGGAUGUGCUAUUGACUAACCUCAUUAAGGGGAAUCUGCUCCCAUUCGCUCUCCUCUGGAUAACCUCCCGGCCAGCAGCAGCCAAUCAGAUACCUGCUAAGUGUGUCCACCAGGUGACAGAGAUACGAGGGUUCAGUGAUUCCCAGAAGGAGGAGUAUUUCAAGAAGAGAUUUGAUGAUCAGAGCCUGGCCAGCAGGAUUAUCACACAUGUGAAAUCAUCAAGGAGCCUCUUCAUCAUGUGCCACAUACCUGUGUUCUGCUGGAUUUCAGCCACUGUGCUUAAGAGGCUUUUUAGUGAGAUUGACAGGGGAGAAAUUCCAAGGACUCUGACUGAAAUGUACACACACUUCCUGAUCUUUCAGACAAGUGUAAAAAAUGACAAGUAUAUGAAAAACCAUGAAACUAAGCUUAAAGAAUACAGCAAGGAAUUCCUUUUAAAACUUGGUAAACUGGCUUUUGACAACCUUGAGAAAGGCAAUCUCAUAUUUUAUGAGCAAGAUCUGACAGAGAAUGGCAUUGAUGUCAGUGAAGCUUCAGUUUACUCUGGAGUGUGCACAGAAGUCUUUAAAGAGGAGUAUGGGUUGUACCAGGAGAAGGUGUACUGCUUUGUGCAUCUGAGCAUCCAGGAGUAUCUCGCUGCUUUAUAUGUGUUUCUGUCAAACUCAUCAGCUGACCUGCUGAAGGCUGCAGUGGAUCAGGCAUUAGAGAGCAAGAAUGGACACUUGGACCUCUACCUCCGCUUCCUCCUGGGCCUCUCAACAGAAUCCAGUAAGAAUCUGUUACAAAGGCUGCUGGGGCCGACAAGAAUCACCUCACAUAUCAUUAUGGAUACAGCCCAGUACAUCAAGGGGAAAAUAAAGGAGAAUUUAUCUCCAGAAAGGACCAUCAAUCUGUUCCACUGUCUGACUGAAUUGGGUGACAAUUCUCUAGUAGAGGAAGUACAAAGAUACCUGAAUUCAGGAAACAUUUCAGCAGAUGACCUCUCACCUGCACAGUACUCAGCUCUGGCCUUUGUGAUGCUGAUGUCAGAUGAGGAGCUGGAUGUGUUUGACCUGAAGAAAUACAUCAGACGAGAUAAACAGCACUGCAGGCUGCUGCCUGUGGUCAAGAACUCCAAGACGGCUCUGCUGAACAGCCAUGAUCUCAUAGAUAAACACUGUGAAGUGCUGUCUUCAGCUCUAAGAUCAAACUCUUCCCCCCUGAGAGAGCUGGACCUGAGUGACAAUAACCUGAAGGAUUCAGGAGUGAAGCUGCUCUCUGCUGCACUGGAGGAUUUACACUGCAUACUGGAGAUACUGAGGCUGUCAGGCUGUAGAGUCACAGAAGAAGGCUGUUCUUCCCUGGCUUCAGCUCUGAAGUUAAACCCCUCACACCUGAGAGAGCUGGAUCUGAGCUACAAUCACCCAGGAGACUCAGGAGUGAAGCUGCUCUCUGCUCUACUGGAGGAUCCCAGCUGUAAACUGGAGAAGCUGAAUGUGGAUCACGGUGGAAAGUGCAGGACCAGACCAGGCUUACAGAAAUACUCCUGCCAGCUGACGCUGGACCCCAACACAGCAAACAGACUCCUGUCUCUGUCAGAGGGGAACAGGAAGGUGACAGGGGGGGCAGAGCAGCCAUAUCCUGAUCAUCCAGAGAGAUUUGACAGCCGCCUCCAAGUUCUGUGGAGAGAGAGUCUGACUGGCCGCUGUUACUGGGAGGCUGAGUGGAGUGGAGAUGCAGCCUGGAUAGGAGUCACUUAUAAAGGGAUCAGGAGGAAAGGAGAGAGUGACUGUGGGCUUGGAUACAAUGACAAAUCAUGGAGUCUGUACUGUGAUACUGACAGAUACUCUGUCCGGCGCAAUAAUAAACAGACUCUCAUACCCAUAAAGCCCUCAGGCUCCCGCAGAGUAGGAGUGUAUCUGGACUGGGGGGGCUGGUGCUCUGUCCUUCUACAGAGUCUCCUCUGAUGGACUGACCCCCCUGCACAGAUUCACCUCCUCAUUCACUGAGUCCCUCUAUCCAGGGUUUUGGGUUUAUAGAAACUCCUCAGUGUCACUGUGACGUGUUGCUGGUUCUCCUGGCAAAAAGGUGAAAUCUCUGCUUUUUAACCUUUAUAAUCAUUUUUACUCUGAAAUGUACAGAACUGUGCAAAAGUCUUAGGCAGACAAAGAAAAUGAUGUUUAAAUUAUCCUCCUGUUGGUGUAAAACUAUGAUAUGAUGCCUGUCAAAGUGUGUCAGCUUCGCCAUUUCAGAACCUCUGCUAAAAUCAUCCUAGUAUUUGCAGCGACCGUCCAGUGCAGCCAUGUAUUUUUUGACUUGACCACUAACACACCUCAUACAGCUAGUCAAUCUCUCACUGACUUUUAAAACCAAUAUAUUUAAUUAUUUAAUUGAGCUGUUGGUGAAAUUUAACAAAAUCAUGGAACGGCUUGAGGUGCCGCUGAGGAGAAGAUUGGGAACUGAAGCGGUGUUCAUCUAGCCAUCCAACUAGAUAUCAGUAACUUUUUAGGAAACAGAAGAAAUUAUUACUAGUUUUUAUUGUGUUACUCUUAUUUUGUCUAAUGUUAAAUUGUGUUUUUUGUUCUAAGCCAAAGUGCACUUGCUACCCAGAUAAACAGCUUUAAACAUUUCUUUGGACUGCCUAAGACUUUUGCACAGUACUGUGUGUUUGACAAAAAAUAAAUGACUGUGUUUAGUGAGCUGAAUAACAUCAAAAAUAUAGUUUAAUAGUUUUUUUAUUUGACUAAAAUGUAAUUAAAUGUAAUCCUGAUUGGGGGGGGCUAUCCCCUUCUCCUGUAUAUGUACAUUUUAUAUAUUAUAUAUUUAUGUCCAUUUACUGUAUUCCCUCCCUGUACAAUGACAAUAAAGGCUUUCUGUUCUGUC